AUGUUUUCAAAAGAUGCACUCGUGGCCUGUCUCAAGGCCGAUCCGCUGCUCCCAAGACCCAACCCCACCGCUGCUUUCUGGCAAGAGCCGCCGCAUCCUACGAUCUCCUCUAGACAGUCUCCAGAGCUACCAUCAACGACGGAUAUUGCUAUUAUUGGUUCUGGAAUCACAGGUUGCAGUGUUGCCAAGACACUGUUGGAAGACCCGUCAUUGGCUGGAAAGACGGUGACCAUUUUGGAGGCUCGUGAAGUGACAAGUAGUGCGACUGGCCGUAAUGGCGGCCAUCUUGUUUCAGACUGCCUGGAGAGCUUUGGUUUGGUAUCAGCGACUUUGGGCACUGACGAGGCUGUGGAAGUUGCCAGAUUCAGUUUAGCUAGCAUGCAACGGCUAAGGGAUGUCGUCGCUUCAUUUGGCGGCGAUCUAGCUGAGAAAUCUAAGUUCAGAGAAGUGACUACCACGUCAGUCAUUGGAGAUGAAGAAUCUCUCGAAGAGGCACGACUGGCCUUGGCUGCAUUCGAAGAGGCACUGCCCGAUCUUAAAGGGAUGUCUGUUCUACUAGGGAAGGAGGAAGCCUUGGAGCACAUGAACUGGCGCUCAUCUACGUGGCAGAAAUAUAAUUAUCAAAACUUAUAUGGUGUUAUGGAACAGCAUGGCGCUGGUGCAUUAUGGCCAUACCGGCUGAUUACUGGCAUAUUCGAGAUACUGCUGGAAAGGUACUCCGAUCGUUUUACAAUCGAAGCAUGUACGCCAGUGACUGGUAUUUCCUUCUCAGCUGAAUCCCCAGAGGAUCCCUACUCAUACAAACUUGACACGCCACGAGGCACCAUAUCGGCUACCAAGGUGGUUCACUGCACCAAUGGCCAUGCAGCCCACCUGCUCCCUGGCCUGAGUGGAAAGCUGUUUCCAUUCAGAGGAACCAUGUCGACACAGGCUGCCGGUAAAGGGUUUCCAAACAAAGGGUCAAGCGUCUCCUGGAACUACCUUAGCAAAAGUAUCAUGGACCCAGAAACGGGUGUAUGGUCAUACACAUUGUACUACAUCACCCAAGACCCCGAUUCAGGCGACAUUUUUAUUGGAGGCGAGAAACAGAAAGCUCAGGAAGUCUUUGUGAGCGACGAUACAGUCCUUCCACCCAUUCCUGCUGAAAAUCUCGCCACUAUCUUACCAUCCAUAUUCCGUGAAGGCUGGAAUGACACAGCACCAGAAGUGAAGAAGAUGUGGUCUGGCAUCAUGGGCUUUACUGCGGACGGUCUACCAUUGGUAGGCAAGCUUAGUGAGAGUGUGACUGGGAGAGCAGGAAAGGAUGAAUGGAUUGCUGCUGGAUACAAUGGUCACGGAAUGGACAAAUCCUGGCUCACUGGGGAGUCCUUGGCUGAGAUGGUGUCUGGGAAGGAUAUUCCUGUGGGCUUCCCUAAAGCAUAUUUCCUUACAGAUGAGAGACUGGCACGGUUAAGCCCCGACGAAUUUGUCGAGAAUGUCUUUGGGAAGUUUCACAGAGAGUGA